CAUACAAGGACUUGAAAAGUCAUGGAUACAAACUGGAUAGAAUACAAGUGUAAGUCAGGACAGACUUUGUUUAUCUACAACAAGGUGACAGGGGAGCACAAGUGGCCGACUGGUGAGAGUUCAAGAGACGAGAACUGUGUCAUGAUUGGUGAACCAGWUGUCUACAAAGAAGUCUGCACCAUUGGUACACAGACAGAUGACAGUGGCUGUAAUAAUGGCUGUACUUCCAUCUACAUCAAUACAGACCAUGUUAUCAACAGCACAGAAACAUCACCACUGCAAGAACCAGUUGUUUUAGAAGUAGCUAGAGAUGACGUAGAUAUUGAACCUGGUCUAGAUAAUAGAUUGGAUGAUGGAGGGAGAGAAGACAGAAGCAGAGAUAUGGAAGAAAUUGAUGCAUUGCUAAGAAUUCUUGAAGAUGACAGUAGCUUUGAUGAAGACAGCAGUGAAGCAACAAAUUAUUCAGACACCAUUGUCAACAAUAUAGACAAUGUACUUCAGCAGGGAGAUGAGAAUGACAUUACACAUUUAGAAGAGCUUGGAAAUGACAGAAAUGAUAAAGCAACAAAUAAUAUUUUUGAAGAUAAGAAUAGUCAUCUAGUAACAAAUGCUACAGGAUAUCUUUCUGAGUGUUCAUACUGCAAAAAGAAAUUUACCAUUCAGCUGGCAGAUGCACAGGAAGAUCUUGUAUUUUCUUAUCUUCCGCAGUAA